GCGCUCCGAGCCCCUCCCGGCCGGCGGGAACGGCGGCGGCGGGGCCCGAUGGCGAGACCCGGCUCUGCGUGCCCUCCGCCCGCCCGCCGGGUGAUGGUGGCCGCCCGGGCGCUGCUCUUCUGGGCGCUGGUUUACAGCUACUGCGGGGUGUGCGCCUGCAUCGCCGGGCUGCGGCUGCUGUGGAGCAUCGGCCGGCGGCCGGGCGAGACCUUCCGCUGGGUGGUGCGGGAGAACCCCCCCGCCUGCCUCAACGACCCCUCCCUGGGCACCCACUGCUACGUCCGCAUCAAGGAUUCAGGGUUACGAUUCCACUAUGUGGCUGCUGGAGAAAGGGGCAAACCACUCAUGUUGCUGCUUCAUGGCUUUCCAGAAUUCUGGUAUUCUUGGCGCCAUCAAUUGCGGGAAUUUAAAAGUGAAUAUCGAGUGGUGGCCCUGGAUUUGAGAGGUUAUGGAGAAACAGAUGCUCCUCCUCACAAGGAAAAUUACAAGUUAGAUUGCCUGAUAGCAGACAUAAAGGAUAUUUUGGAAUCUCUAGGAUACAACAAGUGUGUGUUGAUUGGCCAUGACUGGGGAGGAAUGAUCGCUUGGUUAGUGGCCAUAUGUUACCCUGAAAUGGUGACUAAGCUGAUUGUGGUUAAUUUCCCUCAUCCUUCUGUAUUUACAGAAUACAUUCUACGACAUCCAUCACAAUUGAUUAAAUCUGGUUACUACUUCUUUUUCCAAAUGCCAUGGUUUCCUGAAUUCAUGUUUACACUAAAUGAUUUCAAGGUUCUGAAAAGUUUAUUUACCAGCCAGGCCACUGGAAUUGGAAGGAAAGGCUGCCGAUUAACUGCAGAAGAUAUUGAAGCUUAUCUCUAUGUCUUUUCACAACCUGGAGCAUUAACAGGACCUAUGAACCAUUACAGAACUAUUUUCAGCUGUGCAGGGAGCAGCCGAUGACACCAGCUGGGAUGUCCAAGGGCCUCGGGGCUGCCUGGCUGCCCAGCGGCUCCCCAGCCCUGCAGCUGCUCCGCAGGAGCCCCGGGCAGGGCUGAUGAGCAGCCCCGAGCGCUGCUCGUUCCAUCGGCCACAGCACCUCGCUCCACUGCGUGUGCACAUUAACCAGAUGCUCCUCUGACAGCAGCAGUGAUGUGCCUGUGAGAGCUGAAUUGCUCUGGGAGUCACAUGGGACAAAUGGAAGAGUUGUGAGUGCUUAAACUACUGUUUCAGGCCUUUUCAGACUCAAAAAGAAAGUGUAGUAUCAGUUAUAAGUCAGAAAGUAUCUUCACAGCUGUUAAUUCCUCUGUGUGUUUUGUAUCUUUGUGCAUUGUUUGCUUUAUUCUUCUAAUGAAAUUACACCUGCACUGAAUUCAGAGAAUCUUAUUUAGGUGCUAUCAGCCACAAUGCAGCAGGCUUUGGACUGGAACAAAAAGAUCAGUCAUUCAGUUUUUGUCAUCAGUUCUGAUGGUCACGCCUUUGGGGAUGGGAAUCGCUGAAUAUGAAAACUGGGUUGGAAUUUUCCCUUUCUCUCAUCUAAGUCAUUAAGCAUCACUUGGAUGCUAAUCACUUGUAUUCAUCAUAACUCCCAGAGGGCUGAUACUGGUGACCUAAGUGUUAAAGGUUUCCAACUCAUUACUAUCCACUUGGAAUUUCAUUUUUCAGAGCCUGAUUUUUCUGGAAUGUUAUUUCCAAAGAGGUGAUUGAAAUAACCUACUUCCAUCCAUCACCAACACAUCUUUUUAUAAAUAGCACUGUGGUCAUUCCCUUCACUAUAACACUCUGAGAAUAAUUCCAUAAACUUUUUCUGUCGUGUUUGGUUAAGAAGAGAUAGGUAAGAAGCUGGAACUUGAAUUUCUUCUGUUACACCUUUUGUUUAGCAAAUGGGAUUAGUUCUCUUAGAACAGUUAAAAAGUGCUGCACUGUUUACAGAAAAGCUGUGUAACAAUGCUGUAUGAAGUCUGUUUUUCAAAGACAUUAAUAUUUCAUGAAUGGAACUUUCUAAAUGUGAAAUCUGUGCAUUAAUUGUUAUUAAAGGAGAUUUCUAGAAACUUCAGGCAUAAUUAUAAUUUCUCAUAUUCCACACUGCACAGAAAUAUAGGCAAUGAAAAGUGACUGAAAAAGGCUGUAAAAAAAAAAGCCUGUAUAAAGCCUGAUAUAGUUUACCUAAGUGAGACUACAAAUCUUGCAAGGCACAAAACAAUAAACUCUACAGAAGUGAAAAAACACACAUGUUAAUAGUGAAGAGAUCCAGGAUACUGGAUUAAAAGUUAAAGAGGUUAGUGUAUAUGCACUGAAUCAUCAUCAGAUUGUCAGUUUUUAAAAUUGAUACUAUGAAUAAGCUGUAGUUCAGUGGGUGAGAUCAGGCUAUUUGCAAAAUGAUAUUUAAAUGCACUGGUUAAAAAGGCCCUGUUAAGAAUUUUUGUAAUUCAUCAAUCAAAAUGAAAUGAUUAUCCGAAGUGAUCUUUUAUUAACAUUUCCUGUCUUUACAUGUAAGCAGAGAGGAAGAAUGUAUUCAAAGUCUCAAUUUCUUUGUCUUACUUUAAGCUAAGACAUGUCACCUUCUUUGUCUUUCUUUCCUAACUAACUCCUAAUUUUAAAACUAGUACUUACAUAUGUCAUAGAAUUUAUUAUUAUAAUUUAUAUAUUAUUAUUUAUUUAGGAAAUCUUUUUUAUAUAUUACUGGUUUUAAAAAGUCCUAUUUUUGCAUCAAUAUAAUGAAGAUUUGUAUCUGAUCAGAUGGAAUCUGUUUUGAGUUGUCACAGCUAGUCUGUCACUAUAUGUGGCUAAAAGUAGGCAAUUCAAAAAAAUUUUUUAGCAUUGUUGAAAUGUGCUGGAAUUCUGAUGGGUCGUUCAUUCUAGCUACUUGCAUCUUUCAUAAUGUCUCUAAUAUGAGGUAAUAUUUAUAAAAUAUUCAUUUUAAAGAACUGUAUUAAGAAAAAAAAAAUUAAAAUUACUGAAAGUUUAAAUAGGUCAUUUUGAUAGAACUUGGAGUCACUGUUUUUUUGGUAUUGUACAAGACAUCAUGGAACCUAGAAAGUUUACAAUGAGAUUCACUUCAUUGAUUGCAAAGGCUGUGUUGAAUGAAAUAUGUCUUGGUGGUUUUUUAUUAAAAUGAGACCUAACUAAAUGUGGUUUAUUU